AUGGGCAACGACGCGACCCAAGCAGAGCAUGCAGAAGAGUGGGCCGAGUACGAGAUAGAUGCCGACAAGAUGCUAGAGGAGCACGUGUUAGAUAAUGCAUCCGAUGAAGGGCUGCCCACGCUGAGGCUCACGUUCCACGACCAGGACUUUAGCGUUUAUUCGGUCGCGAGCGAGUCGGGCGCUGCAUUCUUUGCUUGUGAACCGGGCCAAGAGCCGCAUGCGGUCCCUGCACCGGAACUGCCUAUUGCGCAGGAUGCGUACUGGGAGCCACUCGAGUCUCUAUUUGCCGCGCUGCGUGUCCCGAACGCGCUCGGCGAAUUCCUCGAGGGCAAUACGGGACUGCAACUCGCGUUUCCGGACUUGGAAAUGAGUGUGCAUGAGGACGAUAUGUAUACGCGCGAGGUAUCGCUGCACGAUAUCUUUCGGCUUGCAUUGGGGUUCGAUAUCCGGGCGAGCUUGCACGUAGUGGUGUCGCAAAUCCCGAGGUUCAUCUCGCGGUACAAUGAACUUGCUACGAUGAUGAAUGCCGCAGAUGACGCUGCUUGGAUUGAGGAUGCGGGGAAGGGAGAUGAGGAUGAGGAUGCGGAUGAGGAUGCGGAUGAGGAUGCGGAUUUGGAUGCGGAUGAGGAUGAGGGUGAGGAUGCGGAUGAGGAUGAGGGUGAGGAUGAGGAUGAGGAGGUACAUGGCGAGGGGGGGGAGGUUGAAGAGACUGCCUGUGUCGACGAAGAUGUUAGCAUUGCCGAGGUGAACGAGCCUUUCGGCGAUGACCGUGCUGGUAGUGAAGCCGGUAAUGAUGAAGUGCAUGCCGGUAAUGACCAAGGUGACCAAAAGGGCGGCCAAGUUGAGGUCGAUCAAGAUAACGGUCAAGUGGAUGAUCAAGUCGAUGAUCAAGACAACGGUCAAAUCGAUGAACAAGUCGACGGUCAAGACAACGGUCAAGACAACGGUCAAGUCGAUGGCCAAGUCGACGGUCAAGACAACGGUCAAGUCGACGGUCAAGUCGACGGUCAAGGCGACGGUCAAGUCGACAGUCAAGUCGAUGAUCAAGUCGAUGGCCAAGUCGAUGGCCAAGUCAAAGAUCAACUCGACGCCCCUGUCGAAAUUGACCACAUUGGGGUUGACCUAGACGAGAUUGACCACAUUGGAGCCGAUCCAGUCGAGGUCGACCACAUCGAGGUCCAUGACAAAGGGCUCGGCACGGCUGAAGCCAAAGACGACAAGGCUGCCCACGAGAUUGACGUCGAGACCCAUGACAAUAAAGGUAGUCAAGGCAUUGUCACCAAUGUCCUCGGCGCCAGCGCAAUGGACUCCACUGACAGUCGCACCGAGCCGUCAGAAAAGGGCAACGUCGCCAGCAAUGUUACUGCAGACAAACACCCCUCUACUGUCGACACUGCCAGCUCUACCGCUGCAGAUGCGGGCACCGACCUCCCCAGCGUUGACACUGCAGGCUCUACAGGCAAUGCCACUGCUGCAGAUACCACGCUACGAACCCACUCUGAUAUAAACCCAUCGUCUUCGGCGCUACCGGAUACCACCCGAGAUGCAAAUGCCACGCAGGACAGUAUGCAUAUUCCAAACUCGGCCACGCACGCGCACGCUCCGUCGGAGUACGAUGAAGACAUGUCGUUCCAUGCAGCGCACUAUGCCGACAACGAUGCAGACCCAAGCGAUCCCGCCGCAGCGUAUCAAGAUGGAACGUACCAAACCCAGCAUGGUACGCCAUCCGCUCCGCCACGCGCAGGGAAACGUGCUGAGCCGGGUAUGGAGACCCAGGAGGACGUACAGGCAGAUCUAAAGCGGCCAAGGGUGUGA